AUGGAUUUUCUCAAUGAUUUCGAAACUUCCGACGAUGAAGAUCAAACUAAAACUCAAAAAACUCCAAUUUACCCACCGUUUUCCACUAAUCUACAUGACAAAUUCUGGUUUCGUGAUGUUUCAAAAAAAAAUCAGACAGCGACGGCAGUAAACGAACUUGACUUGUUUCGAGUAGCAGAUUAUUUCUACACGGGAGAUUUUGAAGCGGCAGAGAAUAUACUCAAAGAACUCCGAGAGAAUACAAAAAACAAUCGAACGCAUGAAGUGAUGCUGAUAGAUUCACUGCUUCAAUGUUCAAUCGGAAAGAAAGAAAAGCUCUCCGCUUCUGAAAUCUCCAGUUGCCUGCGUCUCCUCAUUGAUUAUGAAUCUCUUCUCGUUGAUUUCGGUGAUCAAGUUCAAUUUCUUCGUACCAAAGCUCUUCUUCUCGCCAAACUUCCUGAUGACACUCGCCGAGAAAACUUUCGAAAUACGAUGGCUCUUCUUUGUCAGUUAUGCGGUUCAUUCGAGAAUUGGCAACUAUUCGAGAAUGGAGCCAAAUAUUUCAGUGAUUUGGAAAUGUAUGGAUUGAAGUUCAAGACGAAGAAAGUGUUGCAUUAUGAAAUCGAACAUUCGAGAGGAUUUGUGAAAGAGAAAUUGCAGAAAAAGUUGAAACGAAUUGAAGAUGAAACGAAAGUGAUUGAGAAGAAAUUACAGCAGAAUGAUAUUGAUCUCAUUCUCUCAUCACUCAAUUCUCACAAGGACACGGUCAACUCUUCAGAAUCCGCCACAUCAUCUCAAUUUCGUGCUCACGACAGUCGCUCCAAGAACAAAUUGAUUCCAUCAUCUGAUCAAUCCGCCGUCAUCUCUGAUUUCUUCCAUCGCUUUCCGUUUUUGUCAUCAUCAUAA